AUGCCGUUACAGGACAAGCCUCUCUGCCUGUCUGCUUCAGACACGCUGUUCCAGUUAAAGUUCACAGCCAAGCAGCUGGAGAAGCUUGCCAAGAAGGCAGAAAAGGACUCCAAGACUGAGCAAGCCAAAGUCAAGAAGGCCCUCCAGCAGAAGAAUGUGGAAUGUGCUCGUGUCUACGCAGAGAACGCCAUCCGGAAGAAGAACGAAGGCGUCAACUGGCUGCGGAUGGCCUCACGAGUAGAUGCAGUGGCCUCCAAGGUUCAGACGGCAGUGACCAUGAAAGGGGUGACGAAAAACAUGGCCCAGGUGACCAAGGCCUUGGACAAAGCCCUCAACUCCAUGGACCUGCAAAAGGUCUCAGCGGUGAUGGACAAAUUUGAGCACCAGGUGCAGAACUUGGACGUUCACACUUCGGUGAUGGAGGACUCCAUGAGCUCGGCCACGACGCUGACCACGCCCCAGGAGCAAGUGGACAGCCUGAUUGUGCAGAUCGCGGAGGAGAACGGCCUGGAGGUCAUGGACCAGCUGAGCCAGUUGCCCGAGGGCGCCUCUGCCGUGGGAGAGAGUUCUGUGCGCUCCCAGGAGGAUCAGCUCUCACGGAGGUUGGCUGCCUUGCGGAACUAACCCUCCCUCGCUCCCGUGAAGGACUGCUUCUGCCUUGGCCAUGUAUGAUUUGUGGGGUCCCUCUGAGAGACUCCCAGCCUUCCGUUCCCCCCUCCUCCUCUUUGGACUGGUCCCUCACUCCGUGGGCAUGUGGCAAGACCACUGCUAAACACACACACGCACACACGGUGAUGGCAGCGCAGCUCCUCUCUGAAGCAGCAGCGGCAGGCUUGUCUAGACUUGAGCAGGGAGGGGACCACUUUGCGGGGUUGUUGUUUUUUUGCUCCAGGGACUCUCCUCUCAGUCCUGGCUUUGGAUCACAUGAUCGUGUUUGGGAAGUGGGAGGAAUUGGAUCCCAGAGCCCUGGUAAACUAAUUCAGGCGUGGCCCUUGCGAGAGCUAGCUAGCGUGCAUUCUUAAAAGGAACAGGAUCCCGAUCCACACUGCUGCCUGCGUGUCUAGAGGCAGGCGUGGCAUGGCGCUCCUCCUUCUGUUGCUCCCACCGGUGGCCUGUGGGGGUGAGAUGACCCUUUGCCGGCAACUCUGUUCCCUGCCUGGGACUGGCGCGCACCGUUAAGUGACCUUUGUUAUUGACUUGUUCACUCUCUCCUGCCCAGGGACACGCUGCCUCCGCCCCCUCCCCUCCCACGAACUCCCAUCUGGCCGUCUGCUAUUUCAGCUUGGCUGGGUCCCUCGUCCACCUUCCCCAACGGAAAGGGGUGGCCCCCGAGUGCAAGUCAGCUGUGGCCCUUUUCCUGAGGCCUCUGCUGUCAGAGAGACUUGUCUGUCUCCUCCCGGACAUCCCUGCUGUUGUCAGGAGGACUUGGGACCUCCAAACAGAGGGAGGCUGGAUGGGCUUUGGGCACUGAACUGGAGCACAGCUGCUGUGGUCCUUUCUGCCCAAGUGGCGCUGAGAAGCUCCUUGCUUGAGAAGUCAGCCCUGCAGAGUGGGACCCAAGGCAGAGGGUCUCAGUCUCUUCUGUUGCUGGAAUCUGAAGAGAGGCUGCUGUAGCUCUCUUUUGACACCCCCCCUCCCAGUUUCUCACGGGCCUUGUGCCUUUCCUGCUCCUCCGUCUGCUGCUCCUGCUAUAAAGGUGUGUGUGUGGGGAGGAAGCAUGUGUCCUAGCCCUUCUCAGUCAAUGGAGCAGCAUGUCCUCCAACUCUCGGGAAAGUGUGUUCUUGUUUGCCUUUACCUCUCUCUCUCUCUCUCUCUCUCUCUCUUUUUUAAAAGAAUUAAACUGAGUACUGUCAAUUCCUUGAUGUUGUUUUAAAUAAAUGAAUACCCUCUGGAAAUCACUGGUGGCAUUACAUUUCCCUCCCCCUGAGUCUGUUUGGAACUGCAGAGGGCAGGAGGGAAUCCACAACAGAGUAUCGGGGAUUGUUUUUAACUUGUUCCCCCAUCAGUCCCUAAUUCACGUCCUGAACGGCAGUUUCCAGAUAGGGCUGGAUUUAAGAGGCACCCCUGAGCAAGUGAGCCACAGUCCACCCAGCCUUGCUUGCUUGCAGGUUCUCACUCUUGGUGUUCUGCGUAAUGUGUGAGAUCCGUCCUUUGUGUAUCUUCAUUAUGGAAGUGUGUCACAGGAUCCACCCCCUGAGCAGAUGACACGGGGUUGUGCAGGCUCUCGCACAUUCCGGGACCAACAUGAAUGGAUUCUUAUUAGGGGGCAGAGCAGUCGCAAGAGCAGGGAGCCCC